GUUAAAGAUAGAAUUAUACAAAGGGAAACAAUCCAUAGUCUAUGCGAGGAUUUAUUCAAUAAUCAUGGAAAACAUAAAAACUAUUCAGGAAUGUGUAUUUGAUCAUAAAAUUGCCUUGAUUGCUAUCACUAUCAUAAUCGUAGUUUUAUUGGGGAUUAGGAAAUAUAUUAAAGGAGCAUUGUAUAAUGGAAAAAGACGUAUUGAUGGUAAAACUGUAAUAAUCACUGGCGGUAAUACGGGCAUUGGUAAAGAGACGGCAAUAGAUCUGGCAAAACGAGGUGCAAAAGUUAUUAUUGCUUGUCGUGACAUGACCAGAGCAAAUGCUGCAGCAGACGAUAUAAAGCGUAUAAGCGGAAGUAAAGAAAUAUAUGUCAGGCAACUAGAUCUGGCUUCCUUAAAAUCUGUCAGAACUUUUGCUGAGAAUAUUAAAAAAACAGAGAAAAGAAUAGACAUCUUAUUAAAUAAUGCUGGAGUUAUGGCAUGUCCAUAUGGAAAGACAGAAGAUGGAUUUGAGAUGCAGUUUGGCGUAAACCACCUAGGACAUUUUCUGCUUACAAAUCUUUUACUUGAUUUGAUAAAGAAGUCAGCUCCAAGUCGAAUCAUUAACGUAUCAUCAUUUGCCCAUGUCUUCACUGGUCCACUUGAUUUUGAUGACAUUGCGAAAAGGGAGAAAAGCUACAGUGAAAGCAGAGCUUAUUCUCAGAGCAAACUUUGUAAUAUAUUGUUUACAAAACAAUUGGCAUCUCUAUUAACAGGAACUGGUGUUACGACUUACGCCUUACAUCCGGGUUCGAUCAACACAGAGCUUGCCAGACAUAUGAGAGUCAAGGUCAAAUUUAUAAUGGAGGCCUUGUAUUUUAUUAUCACUUUCUUCAUCAAAACUCCGUAUGAGGGAGCACAAACUAAUAUUUAUUGUGCUGUUGAAGAAUCUCUGGAUAAUGCAACAGGAAAAUACUACAGUGAUUGUGCUGAAACCACGCCUACCAAAGCAGCUUUAGACGACGGUGCUGCUAAAAAGUUAUGGGAACUGUCCGAAAAACUGGUUAAACUUUAACCAUAGGGAAAAAAUAACUGGAAAUAUUGAACAUGUAGCACGUUAUCUAGCAAGUUUAAGGAGCAAGCACAGUCUUUAGUUCCCUUUAUUGGAAUCUCUAUGUUAUGUCCGAAAUGUGAUCCAUAUAGGAACUAAUGGAUGCGCAACAUAUAAAUUAAUUGAAACAAGUGAGAGGUUCGACUGCAAUAAACCUGACAGUUAAAACACUUUUAAUUUAAUAAACCAUUUUUGC